GUCGACAAGUAGAUUAUUGCUACUGUAAUAUCAACAGAUUGAAUCAUUGUCAACAGCGUUGAGGUCGCAAUAGCAACACUCCCCAUCGACGACCACCUCGCCAAGCUUCACCAAAAGCCGACGAGAUCAUUGGGGAAAGAACGAUCCUCGUUGCUUAUCCUUCUCAUUUCCGAACCAUCCGAAUCUCAUUCGAAACAUGCUGUUGUGAACACGGCGACAGGAAUCCGAGCAGACAGCAUCAUCCUCAUCAUCAUGGGUGACCUUAACAAGAGCAGCAGCAAGGCAGUUCGGAAGAACGCCUCCAACGCAUGCAAGGGCUGUCGAGAGAGCAAAAUUAAGUGUGAUAAUCAACAGCCUUGCAGUGGUUGCACCAAGAAAGAGAGAGAAUGUGUUUAUGACUCUCGAGAUGACAAAAGACGUGUCCAACUCCGCACUGCGGUACACAUCCUCGUCCGGAGGGUACAGCAACUCAGCCAAGUCAUUGUCGAGGCAGAAAAGGAAGUGCCUCAAUUAAGCAGCGAAGAUGCAGAGUUUCUGGACCGUGUAUUGGGCACUCUCGGUCUCUCUGAUGCUCCACCGUACGAGUCUUCCACUGCCAAAAAGAGCAGAACACCAACUCGACCACCCACUGAGCAGAACACUCCUACUUCUGCGACGUCACAACUACCACCAGCAGGUCCUUCGAUGUCAGUGGAAAGAGACUCGGCACUUCAGCAGGUGAUACCAAGCAACGCCAUCGCCCAACCCUAUUCUCAGUCAGACUUCGAUAAUGCUGCAGGAGUGUGGGCCAGUAUGAAUCCACAAGCAACGACUCAAUCUCCAGGAAGUAGUAUGAUGCUAGGCGAAGAUCAUAUCUCGCCAGACUGGCCCUUUCCGUCAUUGGACAAUAUGCUCAACUUCGACCUCUUCGACCCUAGUGACCUAUCCUUGCAGUUCUUGACAGUACCGCCAGCAGAUGCUCCACUCUCAUCGAUUCCGCAACGGGCAUUUUCUCCAGUCCGCCAGAUCGAACAGACAGCACAUCAACCAGAAGACAAUACAUCAAACUCAGGAGAUGAAGAAAACACAGAAUUGGUCAACCAAUUGUCUGCUCGUUUAGGCUCUCUACGUUUGGCACCAGAUGGGAAGUUGAGAUACUUCGGCACGGCGUCGAAUCUGCAUCUUAUAGACAACCAAAACAAAUCUGGCGAGAACUUCAUGUUGCAUACACCGUCACGGGUUAAUAUACAACGUCUGCUCGAGGUCGCUGAUCUGAGUCAAGCUGUUGACAUGCAGCUUGAAGACCAUUUACUGCGACUGUUUUUCACAUGGCACAACCCCAGCAGUUAUAUCGUGGAUGAAGAGGUCUUCUACAUGGCCAGACAGAGUUGGUUCAACACCGGUGUCCAGAAUAGCUAUUACAACGAUGUAUUGAAAGAUGCAAUGUGUGCGAUAGGUGCUUCCUUCGGCAGCCACUCACAGUUCAGUCUCAUCACAUAUCCAAGGUCGAUGCCUCAGUUCUUUUCAGACCGAGCAAAAAUCUUGCUUGACUCUCACCUUGACAGUCCUUGUGUAGCAACUGUACAGGCUCUUGUGAUAUUGGCGAGCUACGAAGAGACGUGUCAGAACAUCGCACGAGGCUGGUUGUUCGGAGGGAUGGCAAUGAGAAUAGCUUUUGAUCUUGGUCUCCACGUUGACAGUACUGGAUACGUCACUCAAGGUAUCUUAACACCGGCCGAGGCACGGGCAAGGCAGGUUGCCUUCUGGGGCUGCUACGUUUCGAACCUUGGCUGGAGCUUCCACCUCGGACGACCAUUCUCGCUCGACGAUAGCGAAGUGACUGUGGCCAAACCUGACCCCCAAAAUCUACCAUCGACCACUUGGCAACCAUACACGAUGCCUUCCCUCGAAUUUGUGUCUGGCGCCACGCCACAGAAUACCUCUCAGCUCCCUGACAUCACGCCCGAGAUUUUCAGGAUGUCUCUUUACCUGUGCCAGAAUAUCGCGGCCGUCGGUCACGCUCUUUACUCGUAUACUUCGAUCUCAAAACCCGCUCUUCAAGAGUUAUGCGAGGAAACCACCACCGAACUCUUUCACUGGAAGGAAACGCUACCCCCUCAUCUUCAAAUCAACACUGCGGAUACGGAGACGGUAAAGCUGCCACAAUUGCUGAUGUUGCACAUGGAAUAUCACCAUCUUCAAAUAUUCUUGCAUCGACCAUGGACGAGUUCGCAACUACAACCGCAACCCUCGCAAGGUCCAGGUGUCCACCACGCCCGCCAUAUCUGUGCCACCUCGGCAACUGAGAUUGCUCGUCUCCUCCGCAUCUACGAGAUCCAGUACUCGUUCAAGUUCAUCAAUGUCGAGAUUAUACGAAUUCUGUCUUCGGCGGCUCUGAUCUUGAUCUUUGCGACUGUGCCUUUACCGCAUAGAGAGGUCAAUAGCGAGAUGACCCGUCAUCUGAAUACUUGUUUCAGAGCUUUGGAAGAGUUGGGCGGUAGAUACGAUUCAGCGAAGGAGACAAGGUGUACUUUGUUAGCUAUCCAGAGGAGGUGGAACGACAUGUAUGGAAAACGGACAGGACAAAAGAGAGGUGCGAGCACGAGGAAUACGGCAGGUCAAGGCAAAAGAGUAAGAGCGGCACCAUCCUAGUACGGUUGUAUAUCCAAAAACGAAGUAUCUUUCGCUUCUAUCUCAAUGCUUAGAUACAGGUCAUAAGGCACGGUCUAUCUACCGU